UGGUCAGAUUCUGUUUCCUAAUUCUAUAUUGGACACCAUCCCUGCAAGUCGACCUCACAGUGUGUAGGCUACCUUACAUUAACUUUACAGUAAUAGCAGGAGUUCAGCAAUAUUUUUCUCAGAAGUAGCACUACUUAAAAAAAAGUUUGGUUUGGCUACCUGCACACCUUUCCACUUUAAAAUUACCUUCUAACGAGUCAAGCAGAAACGGAGAUGCUGUCAGCGGUUCGGUGGAAUGCAUUUGGACUGGCAUUGCCCGUAGUUGUCCUGAUGACCUGCCUUGUGCAAACGAGUGCAGCUUAUACGUGCAACUCGAGGCAGUUCCAAUGUGGAAACGGGAAGUGCAUCACGCUGAAGUGGGUGUGCGACGGGACGGACGACUGUGGCGAUGGCACCGACGAGCUUCCCGAAACCUGCCGAGCCCGAACCUGCUCACCUACGGAGUUCAGCUGCGGGGGGAGGCUGAAUCGGUGCGUGCCCAUCGGGUGGCGCUGUGACGACAAGGCUGACUGCGAGAACGGGGCCGAUGAGGACAGUUGUGUGCCCAAGACCUGCGCGGACGACGAGUUCACCUGCGCCAGCGGCCAGUGCGUGUCGUCCUCCUUCGUGUGCGACGACGAGGCGGACUGCGCGGACGGCAGCGACGAGGCGUCCUGCCGGGCGACCACCUGCGGCAGCAACGCCUUCCGCUGCAACAGCUCGCUGUGCGUGCCGCGCCUGUGGGCCUGCGACGGCGACCGCGACUGCCCCGACGGCUCCGACGAGUGGCCCGAGAGCUGCGGCGGCCACGCCCCGCCCGCCCCGCCCAGGCCCUGCUCCGCCCUGGAGUUCCACUGCGGCAGCGGCGAGUGCGUCCACAGCAGCUGGAGGUGCGACGGCGGCGUGGACUGUGCCGACCGGUCGGACGAGGCCAACUGCAGCCACCCCACGUGCCGGCCGGACGACUUCCAGUGCAGCGACGGCACCUGUGUCCCCGGGGGCCGGCAGUGCGACGGCGAGUACGACUGCAGGGACAUGAGCGACGAGCUGGGCUGCAACGUGAGCACGUGCGAGGGGCCUGACAGGUUCAAGUGCCGCAACGGGGAGUGCAUCAGCGUGGACAAGGUGUGCGACAAGCAGCGGGACUGCAGGGACUGGUCCGACGAGCCCGUGAAGGAGUGCGAUAACAACGAGUGCCAGCGCAGCAAUGGAGGCUGCUCCCACGUCUGCAGAGACCUGAGGAUCGGGUUCGAGUGCCUCUGCCCCGCCGGCUUCCGAUUGGUGGACAACAAACGCUGUGAAGACAUAAACGAGUGCCUCAACCCGGACACCUGCAGCCAGAUCUGCGUCAAUCAGGAGGGCGGGUACAAGUGCGAGUGUGAGGAGGGCUACCAGCUGGACCCGGGGACCAACGACUGCAAAGCCACUGGCACGGUGGCCUACCUGUUCUUCACCAUUCGGCACGAGGUGAGGAAGAUGACGCUGGACCGCAGGGAGUACACGCGCUUCAUCCCACAGCUGAAGAACGCGGUGGCCCUGGACAUGGACAUCCCCACCCGCAAAAUCUUCUGGUCCGAUCUGUCCCAGAAGAAGAUCUACAGCACCCACAUGGAUCUGGCUGGUAACUCCUCCCACCACAACACUGUGAUUGGCAAGGACAUCGAAGCGCCUGAAGGGAUCGCCAUUGACUGGAUCCACGGCAACCUGUACUGGACUGACAGCUUGUACGGCACCAUCUCCGUGGCAACCGUGGAUGGAGCGCGCCGUAAGACGCUCAUCGACCAGAACUUGGCCAAGCCACGUGCCAUUGUGGUCGACCCCACCCACAAUUUCAUGUUCUGGACAGACUGGGGCACCCCGGCCAAAAUCGAGAAGAGCGGGCUGAACGGAGCCAACCGCGUCACCCUGGUGGCGGACAACAUCGAGUGGCCCAACGGCAUCACCCUUGACAUGUUGAACCAGCGGCUGUACUGGGUGGACUCCAAGCUCCACACGCUCUCCAGCAUCAACGUCCAGGGCGGUGAGCGCCACACGCUGAUCCUGGAUCAGCAGAAGCUGGCCCACCCGCUCUCCCUGACUGUCUUUGAGGAGAGAGUGUUCUGGACCGACGUGGGCAACAAAGCCAUCCUGAGCGCCAACCGGCUGACGGGGGGCAACAUCACGGCCGUGGUGGAGAACGUGGCGUACCCCGAGGACAUCGUCCUGUACCACAACCUGAAGCAGCCCACCGGUGUGAACUGGUGCACGGCGGGCAAGAUCCCCAACGGAGGCUGCGAGUUCCUGUGCCUGCCUGCACCUCAGAUCAGUGCGCACUCCCCGAAAUACACCUGCGCCUGCCCCGACCACCUGACCCUGGGCCCUGACAUGCGGAAGUGUGUGCCAGCAGCUGGGAACGUGCCGAACCUGCCUGUCGUUCCCAAAGAUCCCACGCGCCCCGCCACCACACCCGCUCCUCCAGGCCGGGCUAAGUUCCCUCAGGCCACCAGCGAAACCCAGGCCACUGAGCUGCAAGGGGCCCACAAUGGAUUAGCCGCCAUUCCCAAAGCAAACGAGAGCUCUCCCACUGCCCUGUACAUAGUGCUUCCCAUUGUGGUCCUGUGUCUGGUGGCCUUCGGCGCCGUCCUGCUGCGGAGGAACUGGAAGCUGAAGAACACCAUCAGCAUCAACUUCGACAACCCCGUCUACCAGAAAACCACCGAGGACGAGGUGCACAUCUGCAGGAGCCAGGACGGAUACUCUUACCCAUCGCGGCAAAUGGUGAGUCUGGAUGAAGACAUGGCGUGAUGUGCGAUGUCCAGCAGGAAAGAUGAAACCGCAGAAGACAGAUGAAGAUCAUGUUAAUAUGCUGCUCUGAGAACUCUUAGUUAGAACUGUGCAAUUUUUCUACUGUGGCCCCGGGAGCCAGAGGAGAGAAAAAGACUCCAGAAGAAAAUAGAUAUAAUAGAUAUGAACACUGUCCGUUCCGGUUGCCUGCAGCUUCCUCGGUUGCAAGCAAGAAGCGAGGACACUGCAACCAAAGAAGCAAAAACAACAAACCACUUUAUGAUUUUUCACUUCCUUUUUUUCUCAGAACUUUUUAAGAAUGAAGGAGGGUAUUCCCUAGUCAGAGUUGCCAACCAUUUAAGCUCCUUGAUGUCAGAACACAGCGGGUCUCAACAAAGCAUUUGUAAGAUGUUGUACCACUUGAAAUUCUGAAGGUCUUUUUUGUUAGAUUUUUAUUCCUUUUGCGUUAAUGUAAAUAUUUUUUCUGUCCAUUGUAUUUUUCAGGGGGUAGGGGUAUAGCCAUAACUAAAUCUUGCACUAGCUUGAGAUUAAUUUAAUGGGCUUUGUUAUUUUAAAUCCAACAAAAAGCUAAUAUUUAGAUUUAUUUAGAUCAAAUAAUUUUUUUGUGCAAUAAGGUGACACAGACUUAAGGUGACACAAUGAUCUCUGAACCAAAUAAGCCUGUUUACAAAUGGAGAGAUUGAAGAAUUAAGCACAUAACGAAUGUCAUUUUCUGCAGAAGUGGUGAACUUGUAACCAUUUCUGACCUCGAGAAUUUAAUCAUCCAGACAGGGAUACGGGCACAUGAUAAAUAUCUCUGGACAUUGCCGUAGCUUUUUUGUGUGUUUUCCAAAGGGCCUUUCGACUGUUGUGGCACAACACCAGACCUGUCAAGGUUGCAAGCCUCGUUUACCUUGUGAUGACGUCUCACUGUUGCCUCAGUAGCUCUGGUUGCGUUUCACUUUAGCAGAAGCAGAGGCAAAAAUGCAUCAAGGACAAAGCUCCUUUUGGAAUUACUUGAUGAUCUAUUUGUGACCCAAAGAAUCUAGGUGGUGAACAGGGUAUGCCGUUAACUGUGCAGCUGUAGAAGUGUUUGCACGGCAAUUAGGUUUUAUUCUUUUUCCCCCCCACUGUGGUUCAUAAUGCAUUAUGUGCUAACCAGGAGGCAGCUUUCAGUUCAUUGUACAUGUUUUUGUUGUUUGUCCCUUGCAAAUUGUUCCCACUUUUAAAACUCAGUUUGUUCAACUUCAAAUUUUUUGCUUGAGAAGAACCUAUAAGCCUUAAAGUUGUGUAAUGUGGCCAGAGGCUGUGUUUCCAGUGCUUGAUCAACUAAGGAUCAUGAUUACUGACACCAGUUAAAGAUCAGAGGUGCUGUUAGGUACCAGAUGCUACAGUCGUUUCUAAGGGUGAUAUGUAGGCUAAUCAAGACUGUUGUCACGUGCCUGCCUUAAACUGCCUUAGUGCAGUUGUUACAUUCCUAUUUAAAAAGCCAUCUCCCCUACAGUUCACCUGUGACCCUUGUACAUAGGCCAAAGAUCUACGUUUUUCAAAUGGCUGUCACACCUGCAGCUUUAGUUAUUUAAUCCUCAGGACGGGGAACCAUUGGUCAAUGAGAACUGGUGCCAAACUGACUGGCCGCCUUGAAAUGCUGAAGACCCGUCUUUUCACUGUUCAGUAAUCUCUUCUCUGAACCAGAAACUAGUGGCCUUCUUGUAGACUAAGUUUUAUAAGGUUACGUUUUUUUGUUCCUUUUUUAGGGGGGGUCUAUGUAUUUUUAUAAUUAGCCUUUCUCUUUGUGUGGUUUAAGCCAAACAGCAUUAAUCAUAUUUAAGUUUUGCCAGUAAAGCUGCAUGACCAAACUAAAAAGGUUCAGGUUUUAGUACUUUAAGAUAAAACAAUUAAAAUAUGCAGUUGUGAGAAUGUACAAUGUUUGACUGUAGCUGGGUAACUGAUGAUGGGAGGUUAUGGGAAAGAUAUUUUUUCAGGUGAGGUGUAUGAUAUGGAUCUUGUGAAUCGUCUCUGUGCUUUACAGUGGUGGAAGGCCAAUGUGUUUUUAGUCACAGUAGCCUUGUAUUGUUAGCUACAGGAGUGAAUUGGGUAAGUUUUCUGAAAAGUACCCAACAGAUGAAACCACUGUGUCUUCUUUGUUAGUGUGAUUAGUUCGAAGAGAACAUAUGGGGAUUUACAUAAUACAUGCCAUUUUGAAUAACACAUGCAAAUGUGAUGGACUGCUAAUCUUAAUAACAUGCCCUGUAUAUGAGUGUGUAAAUAUUUUGUUAAUAUGUAAAUAGCUUGUACAUCUCUAGUCUUGCCCUGUUGAGUCUGUACAUGUUUCUUAAAAUGUCCACCAUUGUACAUAAACAAAUGCUUUUAUUUAUUUCUAACUCUGCAUCCCUUGAUUCGUUGUACCAUUUUAUUUAUAUAUUCUGCUUGCCUCCAGCUAAUAUUCUGUGGGACUAAACACUCAAAUCUACCAUUUAUAUAUAUCAACAUCAUUAUUAUUCUUGUGAUUGUACAAAUAUUGAUCACGUGUGACCAGUGCUGUAAUACCCCACAAUUAUGCCUUAAAAAGGGGACCACAGACUAAUGUGAUUGUUCUAUGUAUGUCUGUGCUGGUGGCAGACCUACCUAACUACCCUUUUUCAUGUUACUGGUUUCACACACAAUAUACUGACAGUACUGUAGAUUGCUAGGUACUAGAGGUUGCGCCAGCCUGGAUGUUAACACUCAGAGAAUCUGUGAGGUGAGGACUGUGGCCUGCUUGCUGCCCUGCCAUUCUGUGACUUGAAAGAAAAAAGCUUUUUCCUUAAGAAAAAACACACGUAAACCCAGGUUGAAAAGCACAUCCAGCAUAGAGCUGUGUGGAGUGUCCCAUUGUGAAGAAUAUCCCUUCAGGGAAAAAAACACAAUUAUCUUUGUUCGCUUUGUAUUGUGUGGUACCACUUUGCACCUGUUGCCUUGCUUGCUGUUUGCUGUCCACUUUGUUUUUAAUAAUUAUAUGCUUUUUUUAUUUUGGCAUAUAUAUUGUAAACAUGAAUGCAUGAGUUCUGGGUAAUCGGUUUCUAUUAUAUGAAAAAUCAAAACUGACGGAUUUAUGAAAUUUAAUGUAAUGUAUUUAUUUAUCGAAUUUUACAAUGCACAUUGUAAAUAUGGUGAAUCGCACAGCUGUUUUAUACUUGCAAACUAAGUUGAUUUAUUGUAUUUGAGAAUAUAAGCUCAGACCACUAAA